AUGAUUAGUUCUAUUAAGUUCAUUACCACAUUGCUGGUAUUUUUAUUCAUUGCAAAUUGUACUGAAAUUUCCGAUGUAAAUUUGUACGAUCUAUCUAUCACUCCUACAUCCUCCAGAUUACCUCAUUUAGGAUGGACUGCAUCAUUCACUUUCUUUUUCCCUGAUACCACUUCUAUAUCUAUCGGCGAUACCUUCACAUUAGAUCUAGAUCACGUUUAUCGUGUCAAAUUUGGCGGUACUACUGAAGCAAGUAACGUAACUGCCGCACUAGAUGAUGGAACUGAUGCUCUUCAAUGUUAUGUUACUCAACAAGCUGCUUAUCUUUAUGAAUCAACGAUAAUGGAAUGCAGAAUUAUUACUGAUUUAACCUCAUACAGCUAUGCUUCUGGUGAAAUAUCUUUUGCUUUCAAUUUCAAUAGCGGUGGUUCUGCAUAUCAGUACGAACUGACAAACUCUAAAUUCUUAUCUGCUGGUGCAAUGAAUGUCCCAUUCGGGUCUGACAUGUCUACAGAUGUUCAAUUUGACGCUACUCCAAAACCCGAAAAGUUUUAUUAUAUUGGACGUUCAACUACUUAUGGGACUAUUGAAGUAUACUAUUUAGAUAUGAUCUGCCCUGAUGGUAACCUAUUGGGUGGUACCGAAACUUUUGUCUUUGAUGUGGCUGAUGGUACAAACCCAAUUGAUUGCUCUUCAGUUCAAGCAUACCUAUCAAAUGAGUUUAAUGAUUGGUGGUUACCAACAUCAUAUGAAAGUACAGUCCCUGAUGUUAUAUGUUACGAUAAUACUGUUGAUAUUACAGUAGAUAAAACUGAUAAUUCUGGUGACAUGUUAUUUGUGAAUGCCCUCCAGGAUUUAUAUGAUGGUUCCAAUAUCUUAAGCCAUACUGUUACUGGUACAUACAGUUGCUUUAACACAUUAUCUAAUACGACGUACACUUCUACCAUUAAUACAAUCGCUGUCAUUACUGCUACUGCUGGUUCUGUGUCUAUGGAUAUUUCUGCAUAUACUACUCCAUCCAUUCUAACAUCCACGACAACAACAGAUUGGACUGGCACAUACAUAACCACGUAUACAACUGAAGUUACAAAUACUGUUGGUACUGAUUCAGUUACCACUCCUGAAAUUAUUUACCACGUCGAGACUCCAAGUAGCGUAACUCCAGAGGUUACUGUCACCUCUACCACUACCACUGGCUGGACUGGUACAUUCACUACCACUUGCUCUACUGAAAUCACUGAAACUGUUGGUACCGAUUCAGUUACCACUCCUGAAAUUAUUUACCAUGUUGAGACUCCGGAAACAUCUGCUAUUCUGUCUACAUCAGUCGAAACGAAUUCUACCAAAAUUACAGGUUCCACAGCAACAACUACUGAAGUCAAAACCUCUGGGACUGCUUUUUUCAAAACGGUAACCACAACUUCGAUUACUUAUUGGACUAAAUCUUAUGCAACUACAUUUUCUACUGAAACACAAUACACUAUUGGUAGCGAUUCUCUGACUACUCCAAAUAUUAUCUAUCAUAUUAAAACUCCAGAAAUUAGUAUAACAUCUACCCCAAGUAUUUCGAUAUCAACUUCUUCCCUGAGUAGUGCAACUUCUAAGAUUAUAUCCACUGAUAAAUCCCAAAGUCAAACCUCCAGUUCUUUGAUUAUUCCUAAACUUUCGACAAGCAUUUCCACUGUUGCUAUAACUAAGAGCGGCAGUACCACUAUAAUCCAAUACCCCAGUAGCACAUCUUCAGUUGCUACUGCCCACCAAUCCAUAGCUAUAUUUUCGGACUCUAGUGAUAGAUCUGUUUCCACAUCUCUCCAAUUCAUAAUACUUGCUUUCAGUACAUUUUUCUUAAUAUAA